AUGUCUUCUCAGCAUGGCUACGUUCAGGACCUUAUCACAGGACCACCGCUCACGAGUAUGGGCUAUAACAGACUUGGCAAAUCUGGGUUGAAAGUCUCGAAGAUCAUCCUUGGAGCCAUGUCAUACGGAAGCAAAGACUGGCGGAAGUGGGUGUUGGAGGAAGAUGAAGCUCUUCCUCUCCUCGAACACGCCUUCAAGGCUGGAAUAAACACAUGGGAUACUGCUGAUCUCUAUUCCAAUGGCGUCUCCGAAGAAAUUAUCGCAAAGGCACUAUCGACCUACAAGAUCCCUCGGGAACGCGUCGUAAUCAUGACCAAAUGCCGUUUUGCUAUAAGUGGUCCAGAUGAACAUCAACUUUCUCCAUAUGCUGCCACAGUCAAUGAUGGUGAGAUGGUCAACAGAGUCGGCCUAUCACGCAAGCACGUAUUUGACGCAGCAAAAGCGAGUGUCCAAAGACUCGGCACGUAUAUCGAUGUGCUUCAAAUCCAGCGCAUGUAUCCAGAUGUCCCGCGUGAAGAGAUCAUGAAGGCUUUGAAUGACGUGGUGGAAUCGGGAUUGGCACGAUAUAUUGGAGCGAGCUCUAUGCCUGCUUGGGAGUUUCAAGCGUUGCAGAAUGUGGCUCGAGAGCAUGGUUGGCAUCAGUUCAUUUCUAUGCAGAACUAUUACAACCUUCUUUACCGAGAAGAGGAGCGAGAGAUGAUACCCUACUGCAAACAUGCGGGGGUAGGAUGCAUUCCUUGGUCCCCCAACGCCCGUGGUGUUCUGGCCCGUCCCUGGAACGGCAUAGACGCAGGCACUUCCAUUCGAAGUCAGCACGACGCCACCAUCAGAAAGCUUUACGAGGACGGUAAUGGGAUGGAUAAGGCCACCGUUGAUAUAGUUGAGGAAGUUGCUAAGGCAAGAGAAGUACCAAUGGCAGUGAUCGCAACCGCAUGGUGUCUGCACAAGGGCGUCAACCCAAUUGUAGGACUGAACAGCAAGGAACGUAUUGACGAGGCGGUAUUGGCUGCCAAGAUCAGAUUGACGGACGACGAGAUCUCAAGACUUGAAUCGGCAUAUGAACCCAAGGCUGUGACUGGAUACUAG